CCCGUCUCCGCCUCUCUCGGCCGAUCGCUCGGCGGGGUGCAUCACAAUGUGGCUCGUGCCAGUGGAAGAGGCGCAAGCGGAGACGUGUACGACGAGCUCGCGCAGGCAGCGUCGCCCCCACCCUCUUUCCUUCUCCCUCCUCCCCCCUCCUCUUCUUCUCCCUCCUCCUCUCCUCCUCCUCUUCUUCUCCCUCAAGGCCGGGAGGCGCCCCGGCGUCCCGGCCCCCUGGGCGCCCGGCCGCGAUGGCGUACGCUUCGUCCGCGGAGCGGGCCACGGAGUACCUCGCCUCGCGGCUGCUCCAGGACACUCGAGGGCUGGGUGGCUGAGCACCGCGACGUGGCCUUCUACUUCAAGGCGCCCAUGGCGUUCCUGGAGGCGGGCGACGCCGAGAUGGCGGAGAUGGCCUUGGACAUUGCGGCCGGGUACGUCGACUCAGGCGGCGCCGGGAGCAAGAACGAGGCCUACGCAGGAGAUCUCACUACCCGCAUUACCCCUGGAUGUGGCUCUGCUGGGCAGCUGUGCGGUUGGACCGCGAGGAGCCUCGCGAGGAACUGCUGGGGCAGGCUGUACAGCUUCGUGCACCCGGUCACUUGCGCGGGGCUCGUCGGGGUGCCGUAUUCAGCGGCGCCGUCGGCGGUGGCACUGUCGCUGGCGUCGCGGCCCCUGAAGGGGGACCUCUUCGCGACGGCGGAGGUGGCCAAGGCCGCGCUGCUGCUGGGGCGGCGGGGCGUGGCGACGCAGGCCGGGGACGCCAUGGUGCGCGCCCUGGACGCCAACAAGGAGCACAUGGAGGCGGGCGAGUUCUUCCUGCGGUGGUCCUGCCACAGGGCCGAGGACAGGGAUGGGCCCGCACACAUGGCGGUUGAGCUCCUCGUGGGGGAGAAGGACCUCGACGCGUUUCACUGCGUGCAGAAGGGCGCGCCCGGACAGCUCUACUUUCUCCUGGCAUUCCCGGCCAUGGCGCUACUGGAGCUCCACCACACCACGGGCUCGGAGGGCUACCGGGAGGCCGCCCUGCGCGUGCUCGACUUCCUCAGGGGCUGCGCUGGGGUCUUCGAGAGCCCGAUGGCGCACAAGGUGGCGCGAGCAGCCGCCAUGGCGGGAGAUGCCGAGACCGCCCGGAGGAUCGCGGACUUCUUGGUGUCGCAGCAGCGGGAGACGGGCUGCUACCAGGAGGACCCCGAGGCGAUGGACUCCAUAGACCAGACCGCCGAGAUUGCCGUGUGGCUCCUC